AUGCCCCUUGGACGUAAGCAUGUGAUCCUCUCAGGAAUUGCUGGCUUCAUUGCAUGGUCGCUCGUCACGGACUGGAUUCCUUCGCUUCGAUGGAUACCGCACGCCUUUAUCGCUGGUGUCCUCGCGGCAACUCUCGGCCUGCUCUACCUCGUACUUACGACCUCGAAAGGCGUCCAUCGCCGCGAUGACAGCUAUGCGAUUCGCGCACCCGUGGCUCCGGCCUUCACAGCCGCGACAGCGUGGGAGGCGGAAAAGGCAGCAUUGCAAUCAAGAGCCGAGUACAGACGCCCUCUGAUCUUCCCUGAAGCGUUCGCGUUCUCAAGAGCAAUUGAUGGACUACUGGACUUGAUACUGAGGGACUACGUCACGAGCUGGUAUGGCGGGAUCAGCAAGCGGCCGCUGUUCCAGCAUGAGAUCGAUCGCUGCAUACGGUCUGUCCUGCUCACGGUGGUCGCGAGAAUGACAAACUACGAUAUCGUGGAGAUAGGGGUGUCGGAUCUCCUACCUAUGAUUACGGCGCAUAUGAAGGACUUCUACGAUGCUGAGCGGGUUGUUCGCGGGAAGGACUUGUCGCAUAAUGUGACGGAGAGUGAGGAGCUGCAUACGGCUAUCGCUGGGAAGUAUCGCAAUGGCAAGCUACAUUCUGUUGCUUCCAUGGCGAACGCGGAUACGAGUACUGCGCAGCAACAGCACCUGCGAGAGCUCGUUGUCAAGCUGCUGCCAGUGGUCCUCCCGGACAAUAUGAAGUCUAGUCCAUCCGUCACUGUCUUGAUCCGGGAGAUUGUGACCUGCGCUGUGCUUGCUCCAGUAAUGCGACUGCUCGAGGAUCCCGACACCUGGAACCAACUCAUUGUGAACUUUGGCCGACCAAUGCUGCAGGAUCGCAAAGCCGUUCGCAAGGUGCGCGCUGCGCUGGAUCAGAAUGCGCCGGCCUCUCCCAAGACUGUGAGAGCGUCGCAGUUCCCGCGCCUUCGUCCGUACGACAGCGAGAGGCAAUUUGAGAAGUACAUCCGUGCCAUUCGACAUGUCCAAAACCUUUCGGAUGCCAGACGUUUCAGAAGUGAGAUCAUGAGCCAGCUGAGGCGAGAUUCUGCAGUCGAGGGUCAGGAUGCGGCAUACCUCCGGCGCCUGGAGACUGGCAAACGGCUGCUGGAUCAGAAGAUAGCAGGCCUUUCAGCAAAUGGAGAGACGAAGCCGAAGCUUUCUAUCCAACCCUCAGCUUCCAACAGUGAGUCUGUUGCGAGAAAGAAGCAAGCUUCACUGAGAGAGAUUGUGUAUGAUGCAUCCGGACUGAGCUACUUCAUGGAGUACAUGGAUCGCAUUCGUAUGAUGCGCUUGGUGCAGUUCUACCUGGUUGUCGACGGGUUCCGUGGGCCUCUGGAGGGUGAUAACGAUGAGCUCGACCCGAGCAUUGCGGAGGAGCCGGACCGGAUGGACGUCGGUCAGAUGUAUGAGAACUAUCUAGCCAAAGCCGAGCUGCAGACGAGUGACGAAGCCCUCAGUGCUGCCAAAACGUACGUCAAAAAGGGGGGAGAGGCAAAUGCUCAAGACUACAUUGCUGGAAGGCAGGCCGUACUUCAGACGCAGACGCAAGUCUACAACAUGAUGAGGAAGACACACUUUGAGAACUUCAAGCGGUCAGACUUGUACUACAAGUGGCUGGCCAUUGAUGAUGACCCUGCGAGGUCCGCUAUCCAGAACAAGCAAGUUGGAUCGCCAUUGUCACCAGAAAGUCCCAGAAGUACCGAGACAUCACCAGUAAGGACCAGAAGACCGCAGCUCGCAGUCAACAAAACAGACUCGGGCUUGAGGCGAGCAGUCCUGUCAUCAUCGAACCUCAGAGAUACAGUGAAGACGCCGAGCGCUGAAUCAGCACCACGCCGCUCGUUAGACGACAGCAAUGUACGGCCUGGGCUUUUCGAUGAUGACGUGGAUGAUGAGCACAUGGUACAGUCCAUGUCAAGCUUGCGCAGCUACGACUCGGAUGCCGAGGCAGCGCAGGAGGCUCAAGAUGAAGCGAAAGCUGUGAAUGCUAUGGAGGCUGCACUGGAGGGCAUUGUCGCGGAUGAGGACAGAGACUCGUUGUUUUCAGAUCCUGCUGACCGCCAAGCCGUUGAGGCCAGCAUCGCACGUCAGUCGCAGGAUUCUGCGAGACCACCACUAUCUGCGCGGCCAUCUGCUGACCGCGGCAGGCCGGCGCUUUCUGCCCAUCCGUCUGAGCGCGGCAAGCCAAGCAUAGCGUCGCUGGGCCUGGUUGGAGGGCCGUCCAACAAGGGUGUGUUUGUUGACGACCUGUUUGCAGAAGAAGCACAGAAGUUUGUCGAAGACGAGCGAGAGGACUCCGAUGCACCAGACGGAAGUGAUGAAGAUCGGGUCCAGGAGGCUGCGCCAGGUGACCUUGGCCUGAUCGAAGCCAUUGACGUACUCAACGCCGAGAUCGAAAAGCUUACAGCUCAGAAGCAGAUCGUCGACUCUCUGACCGCCAAAGCUGAGCUUACCAACAAUGCUGCAGAGCUUCGCAUCCUUCGCAAGUCUGAGCAGAGUCUCCAACGUGAGAUCAAGCGUAAGGAGAUGCAGAAGCAGCAAUACACGGUUCAAGAGAGCGACAACAGCCUGUACGGUCGUGCAGCGAUCAGUAUGAAGAGCGUCAUGAUUGGCAAGGAGGACGACGGCCAUGAGUACGCUGUAUAUGUGAUUGAAGUCAAGCGUCAGGCUGGCGAACAGAUGCCUGCUGCGACCUGGACCGUCACACGGCGGUACAGCCAGUUCCAUGAGCUGCACAAACGACUACGCGCUCGGUUCCCAUCAGUCCGCGAACUCGACUUCCCGCGUCGGCAGGCACUGUUCACGCUCCAAAAGGACUUCGUGCAGAAGCGGCGUGUUGUCCUGGAGCGCUACCUGAGAUCUCUGCUUCUCGUACCAGCCAUCUGCCGGAGUCGCGAAUUUAGAGCGUUCCUUUCCCAAUCCGCCAUCUCUGCUGGAGGCAACGAUGGCUCACAAGUCGAUGCCAAAGACUUCGUAACUCGCAUCUACAACUCGGUGUCGGACGGCAUGGAAGACUUCCUUGGCAACAUACCAGUCCUGGAUCAGCUCUCGGUCGCAGGCCAGAAUCUCAUCUCCGCUGCGUCAUCCCAGAUGAACGGACCGCAGGCAGCUAUCGACGCCUUGGAUCCUGCUGCUCGGAAUCCAGCCACAUCCGCGGAGGCCGAGGCUGAGCUCAACGCAUACGAAGCGAAAGGUGCCGAACCAUUCGUAAAGCCGAUCUGCGAUCUCUUCCUGGAAACUUUCGAGCUGUCGAAAGGCAGCAGCUGGCUGCGCGGCCGGACGGUUGUCGUCGUGCUGCACCAGCUCCUUGGAGGUACCAUCGAGCGCAGAGUCCGGGAGUCUGUUCGAGCUGCGAUCGAAGACGACAGCUUGGUUCGAUAUGUGGAUCUUCUGAAGAGCACCAUGUGGCCCGAUGGGAAGCUGCGACAAGCGCCGCCUGUUAGAACAUUGGCCGAGAAGUCACGCACGAAGAAAGAGGCCAGUGUCAUCCUCGAAGCUUUGGUUCCAGAUCUGGCUGGAAGUGUGGUGGGCAGGGCAAAUGCACAAGCUGCGAGUCGAAAGAUUGUCGCUAUGCUGAACAACCAGCGGCUUAACACCCAUCUUCUGUUCGCACUCAUAGACGAGAUCAUUAAGACCGUAUUCCCAGAAACACAGGAUAAACAGAGAUAG